AUGUUGGAGGUUACUCAGGAUCGUGACCUUGACAAGAUCAAGGUCAUCGGGGCUGUUUUCCUAUUCGGCAUAUUUAUCGUUCAACAUCGGUCUAAGAUACUCGUAAAAUCAGAAUUUGAAGUAGUGGAGAAGAAAAAGGAGGAGAGGGUGUCCACUCAGCCUGAGGAAGUUGAAGACGAUUAUGCCGAGAAGAUUGAAGACGACUCUGUUGAGGAGGAGGAGGAUGCCUCCAUAGCUUGCGAGGAGAGUCAAAUGAGGUGGGAAGAAGGAGAUGCUGCAGCUGGUAAGCAAAAGUGUGUCAACUCGAUGUAUUGCACCAGUAGACUGACGGACAAUCGUCUGGAUAAGAGAUCCAAGGUUGUUGUAACGAUUAAGGGUCAUAUGCUCAGGGAUGCUAACUUGACAGACCUAGAGUUGCAAAGUGAGAUGGUUAUAGGAGACCUAGAAGCUAUCCAUUCCAAUCAGAUUCUACUCCAUGGAGAGUCUCGAAGUCGCGGCAAAGUUUCCUUGAUGAAGCAACAAGAUCGAAGCACAGAAAACACCAACACCGAAAUUGGAGAACAAUCGCAACAAUUACAUCAACAGCAACAACAUCAACAACAAUAUGGAGAAGUAAAUCAAUUAGGCGGUGUAUUUGUUAAUGGAAGACCACUUCCCAAUGCAGUCAGAUUGAGAAUAGUUGAACUAGCACAAUUGGGUAUUAGACCGUGUGAUAUCUCGCGACAAUUACGUGUUAGUCACGGAUGUGUCAGUAAAAUAUUGGCACGCUAUCACGAAACAGGUAGUAUUCUACCAGGUGCAAUUGGUGGCAGCAAGCCACGUGUGACUACACCAAAAGUUGUGCAAUACAUAAAGCAAUUGAAAUUAAAAGAUCCAGGGAUUUUUGCAUGGGAGAUCAGAGAUCGAUUGUUGUCUGAUGGUGUUUGCGACAAAUAUAACGUCCCAUCAGUAUCCAGUAUAUCAAGAAUAUUAAGAAAUAAAGUUGGCACAACGACAACUAUGCAUCAUCAUUCACAUCAUUCAGCUCACCAUCAUCAUCAUCAUCAUCACCAUUUUUAUGCAGCUGCAGCAGCGGCUGGUGCAGCUCUUUGUCCAGUGCCGUAUCCACCGACACCUUAUCAUCCGACAGCGCCGCCUUCCAUUCCACAUCAUCAAGUUGGACCAUCAUCAGGGAGUAAACUGUCAUCGUCGUCUCCUCCAGCAGUACAUGAUAAUGGUGGACAUCAAACGACUAUGAACAACUCUUUGCAAUGGCCGAGUUCUCACACUGUACACGACAUUCUGGCUAAUGGUUGUAAUGUACAGAACUCGUCAUCUUCUUCACCAACUUCGUCAUUAUGUUCCACGAUCAAUAAUAAUCAUCAUUACAACCGUCAUGAUGAUAAUUCUGUCAACAAUGAUAAUAACAGUAAUAAUGAAAAUAAUAAUGAUCAUAGAAUAUCGGGCGGUUAUCUUCAUCACCAUCAUCCUCACCUAGCCCAUCAUCAACAGUAUUACGCAUCAGCGUUGUAUCAUCACCAUCAUCAUCACCGUACAGAUGCUGUGACGGCAGCUACUAUAUCGUCUACACUUUCUGUACAAGCUAUUAUGUUGCAAUCAGGAACAACAAACCAUCCAGCCAGUCCUUGUAAUUAG